AUGUGGAAGAAGUCGCGCAACGUGCGCAUCACAUACACGGCGGUUCCCUCCACGCAGCCCGCGCAGAUUGACGACGUAGUCACGUAUCAAUCUCUGGGCGCUGACAAGAUCAAAACAGUGCAUGGUGUUGAUAAACCCUUUGAUGUACCAAACACAGCCCCAGCGACAGACGCAGAUGGCGGAGAAGUGGCAAGCCUGGGCUACAACUGGCGUGGCAAGGGAUGGUUGGUGAUUGCGACGAGCAAGUGGGAGAUACUGGGUUAUGGCGAUGAGGAAGGGACAGGCAAUAGCUGGGUCGUAACCUACUUUGCGAAGACACUAUUUACGCCUGCGGGUGUGGAUUUCUACUCGCGGAAAGGUAGUUUGACGCCACAGACGAUAGAGAGUAUCAAGGCUGGACUCGCUGGGCUCGGUGGCGAUGUCGCGAAUUUGGCAGGUGAGGUGUUUGAGGUCAAGAUGGACGGGGACAGGAAAGAUUGA